AUGACAGCCCACAACGACCCAGAAAUCCAACCUCUCCUCCCUCCCUCCGUCCCAUCCUCUCCCGGAAACGACAGCCCCCCAACCCGAGCAAUCGAAGACGACGUCCUCCCCGAAACCUCCCCCCUCGGCCGCACGCUAACCUGGCAAAGCGCCUACAUCCUCGUCAUCUCCCGCGUGAUAGGGAGCGGCGUCUUCGCCACGCCGGGCGCCAUCCUCCGCUCCGUCGGCAGCCCGGGGCUAGCCCUCCUGCUGUGGGUCGUAGGCGGCGCGGCGGCCGCGUGCGGGCUGGCCGUGUCGCUCGAGUUCGGGGCCAUGCUGCCGCGGUCGGGCGGGGACAAGGUGUACCUCGAGUUCGCGUACCGGCGGCCGCGGUUCUUGGCUUCGACGCUUGUGGCGGCGAAUGCGGUGCUGUUGGGGUUUACGGCGAGCAAUUGUAUUGUCUUCAGUCAGUAUGCCCUCUUUGCGCUGGGGGUGGGGGAGCCGUCGGAUCUGAAUUGGCUUGGCUGGAUCAAGGUCGGGUUGAUUGGCUUUAUGCUAUAUCCCUCGGCGGGGUUCCCGACGACGGUUGUAGGAGACGUGGGUGCGGUGCUAGGAAUAAGACGAACAGGUCUUGCGAGCCUCAGCUGGGACGGGCUAUGGGAGGGAUCCAACUGGAACUGGGGCAUCCUGGCCACGUCGCUGUUCAAGGUGUUCUACUCGUUUGCCGGCCUCGACAACGCCAACAACGUCCUCGACGAGGUGAAAGACCCCGUGCGGACCUUGAAAUCGGUUACUUUCUCCGCCCUGGCGACCUCCUGCGGGCUGUAUCUUCUCGUCAAUAUUGCCUACUUCAUUGUCGUUCCCGUCGGCGAGAUCAAGAAUAGCGGGGAGCUGAUCGCUGCUCUGUUUUUCGCAAAGAUCUUCGGUGCCGGGUUGGGUAGUGUCUUGUUGCCGCUCGCGGUGGCUCUCUCGGCCGUGGGAAACGUGCUCGUUGUUGCUUUUGCCAUGGCACGCCUCAAGCAGGAGAUCGCGAGACAAGGAUUCCUACCCUUCUCGAAACUCCUCUCUUCCAAUCGCCCCUUUGGCUCCCCUCUCGGUGGUCUACUUGUCCAUUACAUCCCCUCCUUCUUGGUUAUUGCUCUGCCGCCCUCGAAGGAGGUCUACUCUUUCAUCCUCGAGGUGGAGGGAUACCCGGGUCAGUUCUUCUCGCUAGCUGUUGCCGUGGGCCUCGUCUGGCUACGCUUCAGGCGACCUGACCUACGACGUCCCUUUAAGGUCUGGCUCCCUGCGGUGGGGUUGAGAAUGAUCCUCAAUGUCGCUUGA